AUGCCAGCCAGCUCCAAGACAGAUGUACCACUGGCCUUGUCCGAGCCCGUCAGGGACAGCAGUAGCACCUCUGGGCUCAAGGGGCUCAUUGUGGCCGGGACUGGGCGGUGCUGNGGGCCGGGCCGGCUGCUGAAGGCCGGGGCCGCGGUGCUGAUCGCCGGGGCCCUCCUGCUGCUGGCCGGGGCCAUCGGCGCCUUCUACUUCUGGAAAGCCACGGAGCGGCAGGUGUACAAUGUUCACUAUACUAUGAGCAUUAAUGGAAAAGUACAAGAUGGAUCAAUGGAAAUAGAUGCUGGAAACAACUUAGAGACAUUCAAAACAGGAAGUGGGAGUGAAGAGGCUGUUGAAGUCCAUGAUUUUCAGAUCGGCAUAACUGGGAUCCGUUUUGCUGAAGGAGAGAAGUGUUACAUCAAAGCUCAGCCAAAAGCUCACAUCCCUGAAGUUGAUGCUAUGGCUAAAGUGAGCCUCUCAUCUGAGCUGGAAGAUGAAAUCAUGCCUGUGAGAUUUGACAAAAACUCCCUUAUCUGGGUGGCUGCAGAUGAGCCUAUCAAGCAUAACAGCUUCCUAAGCCCCAAAAUUUUAGAGCUUUGCAGGGAUCUUCCAAUUUUCUGGCUGCGACCAACAUAUCCUAAAGAUAACCAAAGGAGAGAAAUGAAGAGGAACAAGCGCCAAUCAGAACGAAACUUUGACGAGGAAGACUUGGAAGCUGCUUCUGAAGAAGUAAACCCCAGGUCACGCACCGUGCAGCUGACUCAAGAGCUUGGCCACCAGGCUAAUGAAACCAGGCCAAUGGCACAAGAAACUGAUCAAACAUUUAAUCCAGACAACCCAUACAAUCAGCUGGAAGGGGAAGGGAUGUCUUUUGACCCCAUGCUGGAUCACCUGGGCGUGUGCUGCAUUGAGUGCCGGCGAAGUUACACCCAGUGCCAGCGGAUCUGCGAGCCCCUCAUGGGCUACCACCCGUGGCCUUACAACUACCAGGGCUGCCGCACCGCCUGCCGCAUCAUCAUGCCCUGCAGCUGGUGGGUUGCGCGUAUCAUGGGCGUCGUGUGAGAAAAUCCCUUGACCAAAAAAAGGCAAAGGAAAACCAAAACUGGAACCUUGACAAAAUAAGCAGGAAUACAAUGAACUGGUAAGACUAAAACCAAAGCAGCGGUACCAAUCCCGCCUUAAAAAAUCAGAACUUGUUUUUCUGCACCAAAAGCAAGGUCAGAUAUUCCAACUGCAAAUAAAAAUCUCAAUUUAAUAUUCCAUUAGCUUUAGCAGAGGCAAGGGUAUACUAGCACUUGCUGAAUUAAAAAACUGAGACAUCCCAAAAAAAGACAAUAUUAAACUUUGCUCAGAAUUGGUUUAGCAGUCCAGAAGCUUGCCCUGUAAAUUCAGCCUUUCAAAACGAACUCCUCUCUUUCCAAGCUAUAUAUGAAAAUUUACAUCCAAUUAAGCAACUAGCUCAACUUGUACACGCGGGAGUGCCUUUAAUCCACGUAGCUUACUUAAAUAAAACACAAGUUAAGUUGCUCCCCGUUGCUAUUCAGUUGUUGCUAUCCAGUUGCUAUUCAGAGUUGCCGGGUCAUUAUGAAUGGUUAUAAAGCAAUUACAGCAUACCUUUCCCACAAAGCUGCUCCAGGGGACACGGGAAAGCACACAUUGUGCUAAAUCGGAAACAAACAGCAGGAAAAGGGGCUGUAGAAGGGAAUGUGCGUGGCUGCAGAAUCAAAACCCUUUGCACAUCCCAACAUCAAAGAAGCCCCAGCAUCAAGAAUCCUGUAUCCAUGAUACUACUGUAGUGUCUAACAAGUAUCUGCUAUCCAGCUACUACAGCAAAAGUAUUUACAUGCAGUUGCAGACCAAGGAGUCUCAAGACCCUUCAGAAUCUACAACAGCCACUGUUAUUUAUAAAUCCUUGAACUAGACACUUUUGACACAAGAUUACAACCCUGCUUUAUUUCUCAUGGAUAACAGCCAUUCACACCAGUUCCUUUAGCUUUGCUGAAACUCACAUCCCUUCUCCACAAGAGAAAUUGUUUACCAAAGGGAGGGGAAAAAAAAGAAAGCUUUUUUUUAUUUCCUCACCUCACCCUUUUUGCUGAGGCAAAUUCUGCAAUUAUUUGGAUUGAUUCCAUUACACAUUAAAUCUGUAAGGUAGGUAUUAAGCUGAAACACUCAGAGGUGGAACAACUUAAUAUUUCUAGCCUUGAAAAACAAAAAUAGCAGUAUUACACUGCCUUUAUCCAUACUAUGCAUCUUGAACCCUACCACUGAGUUUAUGGAGCCAUCUACAUCAUCUUUAUUAGCAAAAUGGUUCAAUUUUUCUUAAAGUUUGCUUUCUGGAGCACUCAUUUUUGUGACUAAACAGCUCUUGAGAUGUUGCAAGCCCAGUAAUGUUAUUAACACUGUGUGACACGCAGAAAAGAGGAAUUAAUUUGACAUAAUCGUGGCUUAAAGAAAAUAAAGACAACUUCAUGUGGAAUGCUAAACUGCAUAUCUAAAAAGCAAAGUAUUAAAGGAGAAUAAGAUGAGAAUAGAA